AGAGAGAGAGAGAGAGAGAGAGAGAGAAAGGGAGAAAUUGAGAGAGAAAGGGAGAAAGGUGAGAGAGACAGAGACAGACAGAGACAGAGGGAGAGACUGAGGAAGAGAGCUUGAGUGAGUGAAGAGAGAGGUCCAACAUGUCCCAAGAGAUGGGGGAGCUCACGCAGACCCGGCUACAGAAGAUCUGGAUCCCCCACACCAGUGGCAGCCGGCUGCAGCCUCGCAGGGGCUCAUCCAUUCCUCAGUUCACCAACUCCCCAACAAUGGUGAUCAUGGUGGGGCUGCCUGCACGAGGCAAGACCUAUAUCUCUACCAAGCUUACCAGGUACCUCAACUGGAUUGGGACUCCAACCAAAGUGUUUAACUUAGGCCAGUAUCGUCGAGAGGCUGUCCAGUACAAGAACUAUGAGUUCUUUCGGCCAGAUAACAAGGAAGCCUUGGUCAUCCGGAAGCAGUGUGCAAUGGCGGCCCUGAAGGAUGUCCAUGAUUACCUUGGCCAUGAGGAAGGCCACGUAGCGGUUUUUGAUGCCACCAAUACCACCAGGGAAAGAAGGUCACUCAUUCUGCAAUUCGCCAAGGAGCACGGGUACAAGGUUUUCUUCAUUGAGUCCAUCUGUCAUGACCCAGACAUCAUUGCCGAGAACAUCACACAAGUCAAGCUGAGCAGCCCAGAUUACAAAGACUGUGAUCGGGAGAAGGUAGUGGAAGACUUUCUGAAGAGAAUCGAGUGCUACGAGAUGAAUUACCAGCCCAUUGAUGAGGAGCUAGACAGCCAUUUGUCCUACAUCAAGAUCUUUGACGUGGGCACCCGCUAUCUGGUGAACAGAGUCCAGGACCACAUCCAGAGCCGCACCGUGUACUACCUGAUGAACAUCCACGUCACGCCUCGAUCCAUCUACCUGUGCCGCCAUGGCGAGAGCGAGCUCAACCUCAAGGGCCGCAUUGGCGGGGACUCGGGCCUCUCUUCCAGGGGCAAGCAGUACGCAUACGCCCUGGCCAACUUCAUCCAGUCCCAGGACAUCAGCUCCCUGAAGGUCUGGACCAGCCACAUGAAGAGAACCAUCCAGACGGCCGAGGCCCUGAGGGUCCCUUAUGAGCAGUGGAAGGCCCUGAAUGAGAUAGAUGCUGGGGUCUGCGAAGAGAUGACCUAUGAGGAGAUCCAAGAACAUUACCCAGAGGAAUUUGCGCUUCGGGACCAGGACAAAUAUCGCUACCGUUACCCCAAGGGAGAGUCCUACGAGGACUUGGUCCAGCGCCUGGAGCCUGUGAUCAUGGAACUGGAGCGCCAGGAGAACGUCUUAGUGAUCUGCCACCAGGCCGUCAUGCGCUGUCUCCUGGCCUACUUUCUGGAUAAGACUGCAGAGGAGCUGCCUUAUCUCAAGUGUCCCCUGCACACGGUGCUCAAACUCACCCCAGUGGCUUAUGGUUGCAAAGUCGAGUCCAUUUACCUGAAUGUGGAGGCGGUGAACACCCACCGGGAGAAGCCCGAGCCGGCCGUGCUCCCACACACAGGAACUUCCACCCUGUUCCUCUGGCCAGCCCCCCACCAACCAAACAACCCUACUUGGAAGACCUGAGUGAAGGCCUCCCUUCCCUGAAUGCUCAGAACGUGGAUGUCACCCGUGAACCCGAAGAAGCCCUGGAUACAGUGCCGGCUCACUACUAAGCAUCUUGGGACAGGCCACAGAGCCACUUCCUCUUAUUCCCACGGCCAGAGGCUGGCCUAUCCACCCACAGAGGGAUCCACCCCCACCCCCCAUUCACCUUUUCGGUCUCACAGCUGACCGGACCAAAGCUUCGCCCCUGUUUAGCGUUUCCAUUUUGGAAACUGAGGAAGAGAAGAAGAGGGGAUGGGGAAGAAGAAGGGAUGGGCAGAGAACGAUAGUGAGGUGGGGCAGAUUUAGCUAGCGACGCCACUCCCAAGCAGGCCCCCGCCGAUGCUCCGUGGCAGCUGGCCCCCAGGAUUCCCCGGCACACAGCUGGGCCUUUCUGAGGUAAGGAGCAUCUGCAAGCACCCCCAACGAUUCACAGGCCAAAACCAAAGCACUAGUCUCCCUGCUUUGUGGACUCAGCCUUCAAAACAAUAAAACUAUCAAGGUCUCCAAGUUUGGGGAGACUGUCUCA